AGUAUCAUUAAGUUUUCUAUUGUGAACAACCUUACUAUGGAGGCGCUAGAUAGCUAUCAUAUGAUGCUCUCUCUUGCUGAAUCGUUUUCUACUCCAUUUGUGAUUAAGGCAAUCAUCAAACUGGGAAUACCCAAUAUUCUGGCGAAGUCGGACAAGCCAAUCCACGUUGAUGAGAUAUGUACCAUUCUCCAAGCUGCAACAGGCCAGGCUCACAACUCGGAAAUUGUCCGAAGGCUCAUGCAAUCUCUUUGCAGGAAGAACAUAUUUGAAGAGCAGCCCGCUGGAGUCUUUGGGCACAACUCUCUAUCGCGCUGGCUCAUAGACGGCACUCCAAAAUCGUUCGCAUCCUUAUUCCUGUUGACAACCUCAGAGGCAGGGCAAGCUGCUUGGCACCAUCUGCACGAACUGGCUUUGGAAGGGACUUCGUCUUCAACUUCUGCAUUUGCUAAGGCUCAUGGGAAAAGCAUCUUUGAAUUUGCUGCGAACGACCCUGUUUUUGCAGACUUAUGGUUCGGAUUUCUUAAUAGCUUUGGUCACAUCAUCAUCAACGGGGUGCUGGAAGGCUACGAUGGUUUCCAAAGCGUUGCUCAAGUUCUUGUAGAUGUUGGAGGGGGCACUGGCCUAAGUGUGUCAAAGAUUGUGCAAGCCUUUCCACACAUCAAGGGAGUGAACUUUGAUCUUCCACAUACAAUUGCAAGUGGCACUCAAAACUUUCCAGGAGUAGAACAUAUUGCUGGGGACAUGUUUGAGUCCGUUCCAAAAGGGGAUGCGAUAUACAUGCAGAAUCUGCAGAAAGUUUUGCACAAUUGGAACGACGAAAAGGCUAAAGCUGUACUCAAAAACUGCUACAAUGCACUGCCAGUCGGUGGGAAAAUCAUAAUCGUGGACCAUAUAUUCGAUCCACAUCAGAAGACAGUCAUCGAUCAAGACCUGGGGAUGCUAGUUUUCACUGGAGGGAAGCAGAGGAGUGCAAGCGAGUGGAGAGAGCUGCUCGCAUCGCAAGGUUUCUCAAACGUCAACUUCAAACCUCUCCCCGCAGUCAAGUUUCAAGCUGUCAUCGAGGCAUUCAAGUGAGAAAGACCUCUGCAUAAUGGAGAAAGUCUCACUGUCAGCAUCUUAUGGCCACCCAUAAAAAAAAAAAAAAAAAAUUUCUGUAAGAGAUAAUACCCAUCUCUAAUAAGAAUCCUGCUUCUCUAA